UUUCGAUUGACCCAAGUGGUGCCGAAACGGUGCGGUAUUCGCCACCAAAUGCCACCAUGGAAUGUGCAUCGCAUGGGAAAUGGAAAUAUCUGGUACACAGUGGCUUUUUUGUUUGUUUAGUGUCAUAUGUUAUCUUCUCUUCGUCUAUGGUUACGUGCGCGCGCGCGCCUGUGAGUGUGUGGUUGUACAACUUGUGUGCGGUGUUCAGUAUUUUUGAGGUUGUUCAAUGAAUAGUUAGUGUGAAAGUUUACACCGAAAAGAUAAGCAGCAACAACAACAAAAAACAGACAAAAUAGUGCACACGGAAUUCCUCUCAUCUUCAACACGAUUUCCCGAAAGCAACCCCUCUCAAAUAGUGACGCGUGACGCGUUGUGUUUGCUGCAAGGAAAAAAGAAACAUAGCUUCAAAAUAAUGGCACAUUGCUAGAGCAGUAGGCGCAGCUGCUGGAAAAAGCUGCUGCAUAGCACCCCACGGCUUCCUCGCGCAGGGAACGGCAUCCACAAAAAGUCUUCGCCGUAAUCGCGGAACCAACGUCGCUGCUUUCCAACGUCAUCGCAGGCGAUUUUCGUCGAACCGUUGUUGAGUGGCCACGAAGAACCAAAUCGUGGAUCUCAAGGACGGUGCAUCACGCAGAAGGCUGGAAAAAGGCGUACACGGCGGAGGUGACAGAUCCCUCCCCAAGGUCGACUGCGUUUGUUGGAGUUUUACGAGUUGGAAUCCCGCUUUUGGCCAACGUGUUGUGGAUUGAUGUUGUCCUGCAGUAUCCCAUUAACUGAUACUACACCCCGCUCACAGUGCAUGCAACCGCGGCACGUUGCCUUUGUCGCCGUAUCGAAGAAUGGCAGAACAAUGUGUCAUCGGCAUUGAAGAUAGUCAGCAGCAACCACCCGCCUCGCACGAUGCCACUGACAGCCCGCUGCAUCCCGCCAGUCCAGUGAGCCGCAUCGAAUCGCCCACGUGUGCAGCGGUGGCCCCCGUGAACGCCAUCCACCAUCGGGACGACGUCGACAGUGGAUCCGCCGGGAGCGAUGGUCUCAGCACGCCCAACCUUUCUACGCCGACCUCCGGUGGGGGUGGCGGCGGCGGCGGCGUCGGUGGUGGUGUGACACCACUGUCCGCCGUCGGUGGCGGUACCGAUGGCGCUGGGCUCGCUAAGCGAUGCUGGUUGUUCUCCGGCGAGGACAUCGAGCGUGAGCAUCAUCCGCUGCUGCAUCGCACCGAUAGCCAUGGGAGUGACGAUUUGGAUAGCCUGCAGCAGGGGCAGGAGAGUGACCACGACCAGCAGCACCAGCAGCAGAUGGAAGUUGCCGCCUUUCUCGAAACCCCUGCCGUCGAGCGCAUGGACGAGGCCGAGCUUAGCCCAACGGCGAAGCUGGUAAUCAUCAGCGAUAAGCUGGCGUCGGCCAAACCAAAGCGGCUCAGUGAUGAAUUUUUCUCCGCCGACGACAACGACGAUGACGACGACGACGAUGAAGACGAUGAUGAUCGCGAGGACGACGAGGGCGAACACGCAAAGGGCGGUUCGGUUACCCUCUCUUCCGGUGGUGAUGUCCCGAAGAGUGGAAGUGUGGGUAAUGGUGAUUGCGAAGCCCAGGCCAGUUUAAGCGAGAUAAAAAAUCUAACCAUCACCUGCAAUGGGGGUCAAAGUCGUAGUUGCCGCCUUGGAGGUGAAACCGAGCAGCGGGAGGACGAGGAGCAGGAUGCGGAAAACUCGAUCAACUGCCCCAAACGGGAGCAAACGGGUGGAGGAAAAUCGUCCGACGCUCCGUCCGGCUCGAAGCACCGGGACAACAGAAAGGAGGAAAACGAUGAAGAGCGCCACCAUCAUCACCAUCACCAUCACCACGCUGGUGACGCUAGCGAUGAAGACGGCGAUGGUGAGGCCGAAGACGAGGACGAGGAUUUUCUGGACGACGUGCAAUCGAUGGACGCGAUCGAGCGGCGCGACUUCGAGCAGGAGCAGCGCCUGACGGGUGGCUUUUUGAUACGCAACAAAUCACUGAUAUCUGCCGAUAGACUGAACUUAGAAUUUUUAAAUACCAUUAGCCAACCGGCGCAACAGCGCUCUCCCCCAGCCGCCGGUGCCCACGAUGAGAAGGUGCCGGUGGCGUCUUCAUCAUCGCAAAAGUCGCACACCACCAACGCCGACGACGAAGGGCCGAGGACGAAGUCACUCGAUCGAGCUGAUGAUGAUGAUGUUGUUGGCGAGCUUAUUCUUGCUUGCUCCUCAUUCUCCUCAUCCUGCACUGCGUCCCCGACAUCGGUGACGACGGCACAGCUUACAACAACGCCAACUAGUAGUAGACAUCAGUACAAGCAUGAUCCUCACUUUCACCAUCAUCAUCAUCAUCAUCACCAACCGCAACAACACCAGCUUGGCCGGGAAGCCAAAUUGGCCACCGGUGUCAUCAAACAGCAGCAGCACCAGCAGGUGGCCAACAAUGGCGAUAGCUUUAGUAGUAGUUUUAGUAGGGAAAAUGAGAACAAUAGUACAACCAAGUCUGCAGUGCAUAAGCUUACGAGAAACCUCUCCGCUAGUCUAGCGUAUUGCGAUGAGAAGCGAAAUGUGGACGUGGAAGGAUGUGAGAGCAAAAGUGCGGCCGAUGACCUUUGCGACGUGGCCGAAGGUGCCGCUUCCAGAUCAGCAAAAUCACUUUCCAUCAACUCGUCCGUUUCGUCGUCGGUGUCGUCGCUUGCGUCGUCGUCGUCCUCGAACUACUCGCUGUACGUGUCCGUCUCGGGCUCCUCGUCGACGGUGGAAGGUGGCAGUGUGGUGGAAAAGGUCAACGAGAAAGACCAGCAGCAGCAGCAACAGCAAGUGUCUGGUGGAUCGUUGGGAAAACCGCAGCAUCAACUGGCCGAGGCGUUUUUGAAAGCGAUCACAAACAACAGUCUGUUGGCGGCCCGUGCCGCAGAGACGCUUCUGCGCGAUGGGUUGAUCGUAGAGUUACCACCUGAGGGCGGCGACCAAAUGGAGGUGAUAACGAACAACCGACUGCUGGCUUCCGAGAAGGAUUCGCUUGUGGCGAGAGGAGGCAAAACAGCGAGCACGACCAGCUCCACCCGUAGCAGUAUCAUCGCCGGUACGGCGGAUUUGUUGACACAGGACGAAAGCGCAACGAAUGAUCCUUGCUCGACGAGCAGCUCUACCGCGUCGUACUCGUCCUCUUCGUCACCAUCACCGCCCCAGACACAGCACGGUGGGGAUGUCCCGAUGGUAGUCUGUUCCACGGAACUACCACCGACGGCUUCGCUUUCCGAGUCAACCUCAUCGGCUGGUUGUGGUGCAUCGGCAUCGUCAACGUCGGAACAGCUCGACGAGGUGGCCACGGUGGUUGAGAAGGAAGAAAGCGAACUGACCCGAGGCGAUCAAGGUACCAAGGCAAGAAAGGAAGAAGAUACCGUAUCAUCGCUUAGCUGUCCGUUCUCGAAGGAGGAUAGCAGGCAGCAGGCACCAUCGACGUCUUCAUCCGCGGCGGGCAAAGCUGCUGGCUCCCCUUCGGCCGGCGGACAAUCCUCUCAACAUCACCAACAUAGACGUCAGUACCAUCACCAUCAUCACCAUCAUCACCACCACCACCAUCGUGCCGCAGGAGCAGCAGCAUCGUCCGCAAGCUCAGCUUCUUCAUCGUCCACCGCGACUGCAUCAUCAUCUUCUGCGACGAAUGCCGGGCCCACUGGGUCUACCGUUGCCGCCGCCUCAUCCUCCUCCGCCGCACCAGCAGCAUCCGCAGAUCAGCUAGCGAUAGUGGCUGCCGUAGCGGCCGUACCGUUCCAUCAGCAGCGUGACGCUAGUACCAACACUUCGAACUCUCCCGAAUCGAGCGAGCCGGAAAUCGACGAGGAGGACUGGGCCGACUGCGAGGAGGGUACCGACGAGGAGGUAUGCACCUGCCGGGACUACACGGACGAGGAGGGUUUCGCGAGCAGCGAAGACGAGCUGCCAUCGCGCGACGUAGACCUCUCCAGCUACACGCAUCUCGAUACGAUCCCGGAGGAUUUGCUGCACGAAGCACAAACACCCAGGAUGCACCGGAAACGGAAGCUUACGGAGAACCGCACCGCUGCCCCGUACGGCAGUGAGAGUGGCAGUCCGUCGACGGAAACGCUGAACUACAGCAGCCGGAAGCGGCUUGCGUUGGACGGAUCCGCUACGGGCGCCGGCACGGUAACGACGCCCGGCGGUACAUCCUCGAACGGCAACGGGUCAUCAUCGGGUGCGACGGGAUUAACGUCGGUCACUGGGGCUCUAAUGGCCACCACACCGCGAUCGUCACUGCGUAGCCCAAUGAAUAUUGCAACGACACCAACUUCAUCCACUUUGGGAGAGCGUAAAACCCCUAGAACCAUUAUACCAACCAAAGAUAAUCCUCCUCCCGAGUUAAAUGAGUGGUUGCUUCAAUUCCAGCGAUGGACACACGUCGAACGACUAGUGGCGGUCGAUCGGUUGAUCGAACACUGCGAGCCCACCCAGGUGCGCCACAUGAUGAAGGUGAUCGAGCCCCAGUUCCAGCGGGACUUCAUCUCGCUGCUCCCGAAAGAGCUAGCGCUCCAGGUGCUGUCCUACCUCGAGCCGAAGGAUCUGCUGCGGGCGGCCCAAACGUGCCGCAGCUGGCGCUUCCUGGCGGACGACAAUCUGCUGUGGAAGGAAAAGUGCAAGGAGGGCGGCAUCGUGAUCGAACCGUCGACCGACCGCCCGAAGCGGGGCCGCACCGGCAACAUGCCACCGAUCUCGUCCCCCUGGAAGGCGGCCUACAUGCGCCAGCAUAUCAUCGAGAUGAACUGGCGCUCGCGGCCAAUCCGCACGGCCAAGGUACUGAAGGGCCACGACGAUCACGUCAUUACGUGCCUUCAAUUCUGCGGCAACCGCAUCGUAUCCGGUUCCGACGACAAUACGCUGAAAGUUUGGUCCGCCAUCACGGGGAAGUGCCUUCGAACGCUCACCGGACAUACGGGCGGCGUCUGGUCAUCGCAAAUGGCGGGCAAUGUUAUCAUCUCCGGCAGCACGGAUCGUACGCUGCGCGUGUGGAAUGCGGACACCGGACAGUGCAUGCACAUCCUGCACGGACAUACGUCGACCGUGCGCUGCAUGCAUUUACACGGCAACAAAGUCGUGAGUGGUUCCCGUGAUGCAACACUUCGCGUGUGGGACGUCAACCUUGGCACCUGCCUGCAUAUGCUGGUGGGUCAUCUGGCCGCGGUCCGGUGUGUCCAGUACGAUGGCAAGCUGAUCGUGUCCGGUGCGUACGACUACAUGGUGAAGGUGUGGAACCCCGAACGCCAGGAGUGUCUCCAUACGCUCCAGGGGCACACCAAUCGCGUCUAUUCACUCCAGUUUGAUGGAGUGCACGUCGUUUCCGGUUCGCUGGACACUUCGAUCCGCGUGUGGGACGCCGAAACGGGCUCGUGCAAGCACGCCCUGAUGGGCCACCAGAGCCUCACGUCCGGCAUGGAGCUGCGACAGAACAUACUCGUAUCCGGCAAUGCCGACUCCACCGUCAAGGUGUGGGACAUCAUCACCGGCCAGUGUUUGCAGACACUUUCGGGACCUAACAAGCAUCAGUCGGCCGUCACUUGCCUGCAGUUCAAUUCGCGCUUCGUCAUCACCAGCUCGGACGAUGGCACGGUGAAGCUGUGGGACGUAAAGACGGGCGAUUUCAUCCGCAACCUGGUGGCCCUGGAAUCGGGUGGUUCCGGUGGAGUUGUCUGGCGUAUACGAGCGAACGAUACAAAGCUUAUUUGCGCCGUUGGAUCCCGCAACGGCACGGAAGAAACCAAACUGAUGGUACUCGAUUUCGACGUGGAAGGUGCCUGCUUGAAAUGCUCAUAAUUAUUAAGGUGAACACAACCAACCAACCAACCAACACCAAUUCCUCCCCCACUCUUCUCCAGAAAGGUUUUCUCUAACAACCCUUAACCCCCCCUGCGUUGCUUAGCUCUUUUGGUCAAGGUUAUGUAACGUCUUUUCCUUCCUUCAACUACACUUUCCUUCGUCCUACUAACCUUCCACUUUCCGUAUCACACACUCCUCACACUCGAGUAGGGUAAAAUAUUUAACUCAUAAGUAUAAAACAUAGAAGCGAAAAAGGUUAAACUCGCACUCUCUCUCUCGCGCUCUGCUGUGCGCAAAGCAGAAGGGUGGUUGCGCAUAAAAUCCCGGAGCGAGAAUAAGCCCGCCCGUACCGCGUUGGGCAAGACAGCAGGUGUAGGUAGAUUGUGGUCGCGCGAGCGCUGUUCAAGUCACACACACAAACACACAUACAUACACCGGUGGAUGAUGAUGGUUUGAGAUAUUCGGUGAACAUGGUUGGGAAAGGAUAACAAAAAGGAGGAGAGGCCACGAAGAGAACGGCGAACAUAUGCAGCAGCAUCAAACCGCAAGCAAAAUACUCCUUUUUUCGCCUCGUUCGGGACGGAAGAAACCAAUGGGUUUCCAUUUGCAUGGAACUGUAACCCCAACUCAGUUUAAAGGUGAACGGGACAACAUCUCGGGUGUCCCACCGCACCGCAACCAGUUGCAAUAAUUCGUACUAGCACUUACCACUCCGUCCUUAGUUCCGUCGGCCGAGGAACUGCACUCUGUCGAAGGAUUUUCUUUUUCUAUUUAAAACAUAUUUUAGUAGCAAAUAAUGUAGUGAAAUUUUAUAGUUAAACCUUUUUGAAAAUUUGUUUUAAACUCAUUGUUUGUUUUACGUGUUCGUGUUUCCUGUUCUCUUGUUGAAAUUUUUUAAACCACCACCUUUAUUGUUAGUUUUUGUUAUCAUCCUACCAUGAACUUGUUCUCGCUAUAUCGUUUGCGCUAAUGUGUUUUUUUUUUCUGCGUGUUCUUCGUAAAGUCUAUCGAACUUCUGUUUGCCAAUUCCAAUUGGUAUUUUGUCUACGCUUCAUUCCAUCCUGUUUGGUCUGAUUUGAGAAGUGCGAAAGUACAUGGUCAGAGUGUUCAACGAAGGUCCUUUCACAACUACGUUGAAUAUUCCAUAUGUUGCCGCUGCGAACUAUGUUCGAUGUUCUUUUCAAUCGGUUUUUUUUCCACAUGAUCACUGAUGUAUUAUCGACUAGUCAAUUCGCACCGUUUAACCACCAACUUACCACGCGCCUCCACCGCCACAAGGCUGCGUUUCGGGACUAUUGUAAGCAACAAACACACAACAAACUCCUCGUGCAGGGCAGUAAAGAAAUAACGAGAAAGAAAAAAAACAACAAAUUACUCAUAAUUGCACACCCAAGAUCCAUGGAUCAAUGCUUUAUUUUUAUGUAAUGUUAGUUUGUAGUGUAG